AUGGCCCAUUCCAGAUGCCUGGUCUCAGAGGUGGAGAAUUAUCUCUGGGGAAGCCCCAACUCCAUAAGCUGCGCACGCAUGAUGUGGUGGCUGCUUCUCUGGGGCGUCCUCCAGGCUUGCCCCACGCAGGGCUCUGUGCUCUUGGCCCAGCAGCUGCCCCAGCAGCUGACCUCCCCAGGGUACCCAGAGCCGUACCUCGAAGGCCAAGAGAGCACCACUGUCAUCCAGGCCCCGGAGGGCUUUGCUGUGAAGCUUAUCUUGCAGGACUUGGACCUGGAGCUGUCCCAGGACUGUGAGCCGGACUCUGUCACCAUCACAGCCAGUGCGAUGGAUCCAAGCCGGUUCUAUGGCCAAGUGGGCUCUCCGCUGGGCAGCCCCCCAGGUCAGAGGGAGUUUGUGUCCUCGGGGAACAGUUUGCGGCUGACUUUCCCUGCACCAGCCUCCUCUGCGGACAGGACAACGGGCCUCCACAAGGGCUUCCUGGUCCUCUACCAAGCCGUGAGUAUGAACCAUAGUCGGCCCAUCAGCCAGGUUAGUGGUGACUCUGAGGCCACACACACACCUGGGGACAACUCCUCCGACAUCCAGAACCACUGCCAGGAGCCCUAUUAUCAGGCGGUGCCAGCAGAGACACUCAUCUGCAGAGCCCAGAGCCCUGGGAAAGAGACGCUGGACAAGGAGGAGGCUCCUCGCUGUGUGCCUGUCUGUGGACAGCCAGUCACCCCCAUCGCCCAGAACCAGGAGGCCCAGGGUUCUUCCAAAGCUAAGCUGGGCAACUUCCCCUGGCAAGCCUUCACCAAUAUCUAUGGCCGUGGGGGCGGGGCCCUGCUGGGCGACAGAUGGAUCCUCACGGCCGCCCACACCAUCUAUCCCAAGGACAGCAUCUUUCUCGGGAAGAAGAGGAAUGUGGAGGUGUUCCUGGGCCACACAGGCAUAGAUGAGAUGAUGAAACUGGGGAACCACCCUGUGCGCCGUGUGGUUGUGCACCCAGACUACCGUCAGAACGAGUCCUACAACUUCAACGGGGACAUUGCCCUCCUGGAACUCCAGCACAGUGUCCCCCUGGGCCCCCACCUCCUCCCGGUCUGUCUGCCCGACAACGAGACCCUCUACCGCAGUGGCCUGAUGGGCUAUGUCAGUGGGUUUGGUGUGCAGAUGGGCUGGCUAACUACCGAGUUGAAAUACUCAAGGCUGCCUGUUGCCCCGAGGGAGGCCUGCGAGGCCUGGCUUCAAGAGAAACAGAGGACUGAGGUGUUUUCUGAUAACAUGUUCUGUGUCGGGGAUAAGACACGGCAGCAGAGUGUCUGCCAGGGGGACAGUGGUAGCGUCUAUGUAGUAUGGGAUGACCAUGCCCGUCACUGGGUGGCCACGGGCAUCGUAUCCUGGGGCAUUGGGUGUGGCAAAGGGUACGGCUUCUACACCAAAGUGCUCAAUUAUGUGGACUGGAUCAAGGAAGUGAUGGGUGGGAAGGGCUGACCCUGGGCGCGCUGAGCAAUGACACCAGCACUGUGGAGGCCCCAGAAGAAGAGGGUUGAAAGCGAAGACUGAGUCCUGUGGGUGGGGAGGGGGUGGGCAGGGAAUCCCUAUCCGAGUCCCUGAGAGAGAACUCCUCCUCUGCUCAAGGCUGAUCUCAUCCCAGAUAAGAAGGGUGUCCCCCAACCCCUCCUCACCCUCUACCUUCCUGUGAGUUUGCAUGAAGCCCAGGGAAGCCCUGUACAUCUCAGUGAGUUUCACUUUGAACUUCACUUUCUGCUGACACAGCCACCCGCUCAUCCCCCUGUUCAGUGAUGUAUGAGGGAAGUGGUCUUAAUUUCAUUGCAUCUUUGAAACAUU